AUGACGAUCAAGAAGCUACGACUUGGACUAGCCAUUGGCCAUGGUACAGGCCGCGAGCUUAUUGCGGUUUUCAAGAAGGUCAUCCACGCGCUAGCAAGCAAGCACUCUCUGCAUGUCGACUUCAUUGAAUCAUCCCGCAUAUACCAUUCGUAUCAUACCCUCACUGUUUCGGGGGAAGAGAAGGACCUCAUCAAGCACAUCGCGGAUGAGACCACGCAAGAUGCUGACGAGUACCGCACUUUCUGCGAGACAGCUGCAGCCAACGGGAUUGCAGCAAUAUUCCGCACGGCAAUCCACGCCCAGUCUCUCUAUCUCGUUCGGGAUCAACUGAAGGCCGUCAAGAUUGAACAUUUCAGCCUGGGCGACUCCAAUGCUUUGCUCUUCAUUCGGGACGAAGCCCAAGGCUUCUACGCAGGGGUCAAUGAGUAUGACAAUGGCAACCAUAGCAUCACGCGAAGCAGCCCCUUCAGUCGCUCCACCUUUGAUCAAAUCCUGGCAUAUGCGUUGGAACGAGCCGCAGAGGAGUGGGGUGUGGAAAAUGUCCCCGAAUCCGUCACCCUUGUCUACAAGUUCCAUCUCUUCGACGGGGUCUUCCAAGCCUGGGCACCACAUUGGAGGUCCCGCUUUGGCAUCGAUGUCGACUUCAUCCAGCCGGACACCAUGAAUCGGAAUCUCAUGGCCUGGGGCAUUCAGGGCCGCCGCAUCAUCAUUGCGGGCAAUGAGUACGCCGACAUCAUCCAGCCUGUAUUCUUGAAAUGGUUCGGCAACUCCACCAUUGAAACGAUGUGCGCGGAGAACGUGUACCUGAGUCCGAACCUGCAUUGCCUCGGCGAGUACCAGACGGUGCAUGGGUCGGCGGACGCCAUCGCCGGCCAAGGGCUCGUCAAUCCGUUUGCGACCAUCCGUGCCGCGGCUGCCAUCCUCGAACGGCAUGGAGGAUGCUCCGGCGCUGGAUUCCGGCACCAAACGGAAAAGGCGAUUCAAAGUCUCCUCCGGAGGAGACUGACCACACCUGACCAGGGCGGCUCCUGCAGCACAGAUGCGGUCGUCGAACAUUUUCUGCGCGCGAUUACCGAUCUGACGGAUGCUACAACACCUGAUGUCCACAGUGAUACGGCUGAGGCCGGACUAAUAAGCAAUGCCCGGAUCGGUCAGAAGUCCGCCGUGGUAAUAGUGGACUACCAGAACGACUUCAUCGCAAGCACGCCCACCCCUGCCGUGUCUGAGCUGUCUCGCACCAUUCCGCGGCUCAUACGAUGCGCCCGCAAGGAGGGACGCGAAGUCAUCUUUGUGCGCUUCCUGGGGAACACCAGCUUCCAAGGACCCAGCUGGCAGCACCGGGAUGCAUUGCUAGGAAAAUCGGAGAAAUGCGUCGAGGGCACCUGGGGAGCAGAGCUUGGCCCGGGCAUCACCCCUGCGCCUGGUGAGCGGAUCUUUGACAAGAAGGCCCUAUUCGAUCCUUUUCUGGUCCCGGAGUUUGCGGAGUACAUCGCCCAACAGGGCUUGGAGCAUCUGGUGCUGGCGGGCUUGUACAGUGAUGUUUGUAUUGAUGCCACGGCCCGGACGGCCUUCCAGAAGGGACUGUGGGUCACUGUCGUUGAGGACUGUACCGCUGCUUUGCAUGCAAACCAGGUCGAUCAUUUGAGGUUUAUGGAGAAGGUGUAUGGGGCACGGGUUGGGACGGUGGCCAUUUUAUUUGGGGUGAAGGCUUAG